AUGCCAGACGUUAAUGUGAAAAACAUAUACUUUGAGGAGAGUGAUCUCCCUUAUGAAGAAGACAUCCUUCGAAAUCCAUAUUCUGUUAAGUGCUGGCUUCGGUACAUCGAACACAAAAAGGAUGCACCUAAAAAUAUCAUCAAUAUGAUUUAUGAAAGGGCUAUUAAAGAAAUGCCUGGAAGCUACAAAUUAUGGUACAAUUAUCUGAGGUUACGUCGUAAACAGAUCCGUGGUCGUUGUAUCAGUGAUCCUGCCCAUGGAGAUCUUGUCAAUGCCUAUGAACGAUCCUUGGUCUUUAUGCACAAGAUGCCUCGAAUUUGGCUUGACUAUUGCCAGCUUUUAAUGGAUCAGUGUAAGAUAACAUCCACACGAAACACAUUUGACCGUGCCUUGCGAGCUCUGCCCAUCACACAACACCACAGAAUCUGGCCACUUUAUCUGAAACUGGUGACCAUGUAUCCACUUCCAGAAACCGCAGUGAGGGUCUAUCGACGGUACUUGAAGCUCCGCAAAGAAGACACAGAGGAUUAUAUAGACUACCUUAUAUCAAUUGGUUGGCUGAAUGACGCUGCUAUUCGAUUGGCUACCAUCAUCAAUGAUGAGCAAUUUGUAUCCAAAAAAGGAAAAUCUAAACAUCAAUUAUGGAAUGAACUUUGUGACCUGAUUGCCAAACAUCCAGACAAGGUGACUUCUUUGAAGAUUGAACCUAUUAUCCGACAAGGUCUCAAACUGUACACUGACCAAAUUGGAGUUCUAUGGAAUUCUAUGGCUGAUUACUAUAUUCGAGGAGGACAUUUUGAAAGAGCUCGUGACAUUUACGAGGAAGCUAUCCAGACUGUAAUCACUGUCAGAGAUUUCACACAGGUGUUUGAUGCCUAUGCCCAGUUUGAGAAAAAUUUAGUCAGUGCCAAAAUGGAAACAAUGACUGAAGCUGGUGCUUCUGAAGAAGAUGACCUUGAUGUUGAAUUACGGCUGGCUCGACUGGAACACCUGAUGGAUAGGCGACCUCUUUUGCUCAACAGUGUUUUGCUUCGACAAAAUCCACACAAUGUUCAUGAAUGGCACAAAAGAGUUAAACUGUUUGAAGGAAAACCACGAGAAGUGAUCACUACAUACACUGAAGCUGUUCAGACAGUUGAUCCCAAAUUAGCAACAGGAAAAUUUUAUACACUUUGGGUUGAAUUUGCCAAAUUCUAUGAAAAUGCCAAACAAGUUGAAGAUGCUCGUAUUAUCUUUGAAAAGGCCAUCAAAGUACCAUUUAAGCAUGUUGUGGACCUUGCUUCAGUCUGGUGUGAAUGGGCCGAGAUGGAAAUUCGGCAUGAGAAUUAUGAAGAAUCUUUGAAGUUGAUGCAAAGAGUAACAACCCCUCCUCCACGUAAAAUUUCCUACCAUGAUGAGGCUGAAACUGUUCAAGACCGUGUGCACAAAUCUCUCAAAGUCUGGUCGUUUUACGCUGAUCUUGAAGAGUCCUUUGGAACGUUUAAGAGUUGUAAAGCCGUUUAUGACCGAAUCAUUGAUCUAAGAAUUGCCACUCCGCAAAUAAUCAUCAAUUAUGGAAUGUUCCUUGAAGAAAACAAUUAUUAUGAAGAGGCCUUCAAGGCCUAUGAAAAAGGAAUUGCUCUCUUCAAGUGGCCCAAUGUAUAUGACAUCUGGAAUACGUAUCUGACAAAGUUCAUUGACAGAUAUGGUGGCAAGAAGCUUGAAAGAGCUCGAGAUUUGUUUGAACAGUGCCUGGAAGGUUGCCCAUCCAAAUUUGCUAAGGCCAUUUAUUUGUUGUACUCAAAACUUGAAGAAGAACAUGGCCUCGCACGACAUGCUAUGAGAGUCUAUGAUCGUGCCAUUGAAAGUGUUAUGGAUGAAGAGAAAUAUGAGAUGUUCAAUAUUUACUUGAAAAGAGCUGCAGAAAUUUAUGGUGUAACACACACUCGCAGCAUCUAUGAAAAAGCAAUUGAUGUCCUUCCAGAUGAACAAGCAAGGGAAAUGUGUCUACGAUUCUCAGAUUUAGAGAGAAAACUGGGUGAAAUUGAUCGUGCCCGAGCUAUUUAUGGACACUGUUCACAAAUGUGUGACCCAAGGAUGACACCAGAUUUUUGGCAAACCUGGAAGGAAUUUGAGAUCAAACAUGGAAAUGAAGAUACAGUCCGGGAGAUGUUACGAAUCAAGAGAAGUGUCCAGGCAACAUACAAUACACAGGUUAACUUCAUGUCAGCCCAGAUGUUGGCUGCUACAAAUCCCAGGGGAGACAUUUCUGCUGCUGCUAAAGAACAGAACGAAAUGACUAAACUUGAAGAAAAAGCUCGUCAAUUGGCUGAAGAAGCUAUAAGAGACCAAGUCAAGCCAGACAAAGGCAUCCUUUUUGUCCGGAGUAACACAACUGAUGAAGAAUUGGGAGCACUCACCAAAACAUCAAAUCCAGAGGAAAUUAAUAUUGAUGAGGAUUUUGAUACAGAUGAUGAGGAGGAGGUGGAAGAAGUGGAUCUUCAGCAGCAGAGUGUGCCAACAGAAGUAUUUGGAGGACUUGUUGGAGAAGAGGAUGACCAGUAA